AUGGUUGAGCGGGGCCCUAGCUGCAGUGACGAAGCGACGCUCAAAGGGCGGUGUUCACACGUAAAGAAAAUCUUGAGUGUUGCUGUGGUACAUCUGGAAUAGUGCUUCUAGUAUCUACAGCGGGAUCUCUGCAAUAGUUGUGACCACUUCAACUCAUGAGUACUCAUUUUUAAAGGGAAAUUUACCACAGCCUUUGCUUUCUGUAAGUUGAUAUAAUAUGGAAUCUUAAUUUAAGGUUUUUAGUUUAUUUCAAAGGAUGAAUAUCCGAUUUUUUAUUUAUUUACCUUCUCCUCCUCCCACUAACGGAAUGUAUCAACUUUAUUCUUGGAGUUUAAUCAAGUUGGAUUUAUCUAUUUUCAUCUGAUUGGACUAAGGCUGCGUUUUCAUCAAUUAUUCGAAUUUAUUUUUGAUAAAAUAUAAUUGAAUAGUUUUGUAGGGAUUUUGAAGAAUACUUAAAUGAUUAAUCGUUGCAUUUUCUCACUGCGCUUCUAGUAAAUAACGGUCCACAGGCAGGCAUAUGGAGCUGUUUUGAUCAUGCGUUGAUUUGCAUUUCGUUUUAUAUCUCAACUAGGCUACUCAUGUGCCGUUUCAAAACGUAUAUGUAAACUUUCUAAGUAGCGUGCAACUGUUGUUGAUUAUAGAUUUUAUCUUUCCAACGAUUUGUUUUUUGCUGCAUGAAUAAAAUCGAUGUAAAUGUUUAAUUGGUUGCAAAUUGGUUGCACAUCUUUUACAUUUCUCUCAAAACACUACAGGCUGCAGAUGAAUUGAUAUAUUUUGAGGAGUUGAAACAGUCCUCCUAUUCCAUGCUUUUAUCCACUCCAAUGUUACGGAAUACCUACUUUUCAACUUGAAGUGAACAUAUGGGUUUGAUGUGUAAAUGUGUAAAUGGCGCUACCUGGUGUCAAGAUGAAGUACCACUUGAACAAGUUGACGCUGUAUCAGUACCAUAGACGCCUGGUGUGAUAACUGUUGUUCCUGUUUGUUUGUCUCCACGUGUAGACCUAUCUGAACAUGCUGCUCAUCCUGCUCGGAGUGCUCAUCUUCCACCUCAUCAUCCUGGUCCUACUGUUUGUGUCAACAAUUGCCAAUGUGAGUAACUAUGAUAUUGUUGCCAAUACCCUAUUAUAAUACAAUGUGAGUAGCUAUGAUAUUGUUGCCGAUACCCUACUAUAAUACAAUGUGAGUAGCUAUGAUAUUGUUGCCAAUACCCUACUAUAAUACAAUGUGAGUAGCUAUGAUAUUGUUGCCGAUACCCUACUAUAAUACAAUGUGAGUAGCUAUGAUAUUGUUGCCGAUACCCUACUAUAAUACAAUGUGAGUAGCUAUGAUAUUGUUGCCGAUACCCUACUAUAAUACAAUGUGAGUAGCUAUGAUAUUGUUGCCGAUACCCUACUAUAAUACAAUGUGAGUAGCUAUGAUAUUGUUGCCGAUACCCUACUAUAAUACAAUGUGAGUAGCUAUGAUAUUGUUGCCGAUACCCUACUAUAAUACAAUGUGAGUAGCUAUGAUAUUGUUGCCGAUACCCUACUAUAAUACAAUGUGAGUAGCUAUGAUAUUGUUGCCAAUACCCUACUAUAAUACAAUGUGAGUAGCUAUGAUAUUGUUGCCUAUACCCUACUAUAAUACAAUGUGAGUAACUAUGAUUUUGUUGUCGAUACCCUACUAUAAUACAAUGUGAGUAGCUAUGAUAUUGUUGCCGAUACCCUACUAUAAUACAAUGUGAGUAGCUAUGAUAUUGUUACCAAUACCCUACUAUAAUAUAAUGUGAGUAGCUAUGAUAUUGUUGCCUAUACCCUACUAUAAUACAAUGUGAAUAGCUAUGAUAUUGUUGCCGAUACCCUACUAUAAUACAAUGUGAGUAGCUAUGAUAUUGUUGCCGAUACCCUACUAUAAUACAAUGUGAGUAGCUAUGAUAUUGUUGCCGAUACCCUACUAUAAUACAAUGUGAGUAGCUAUGAUAUUGUUGCCGAUACCCUACUAUAAUACAAUGUGAGUAGCUAUGAUAUUGUUGCCGAUACCCUACUAUAAUACAAUGUGAGUAGCUAUGAUAUUGUUGCCGAUACCCUACUAUAAUACAAUGUGAGUAGCUAUGAUAUUGUUGCCGAUACCCUACUAUAAUACAAUGUGAGUAGCUAUGAUAUUGUUGCCGAUACCCUACUAUAAUACAAUGUGAGUAGCUAUGAUAUUGUUGCCGAUACCCUACUAUAAUACAAUGUGAGUAGCUAUGAUAUUGUUGCCGAUACCCUACUAUAAUACAAUGUGAGUAGCUAUGAUAUUGUUGCCGAUACCCUACUAUAAUACAAUGUGAGUAGCUAUGAUAUUGUUGCCGAUACCCUACUAUAAUACAAUGUGAGUAGCUAUGAUAUUGUUGCCGAUACCCUACUAUAAUACAAUGUGAGUAGCUAUGAUAUUGUUGCCAAUACCCUACUAUAAUACAAUGUGAGUAGCUAUGAUAUUGUUGCCUAUACCCUACUAUAAUACAAUGUGAGUAACUAUGAUUUUGUUGUCGAUACCCUACUAUAAUACAAUGUGAGUAGCUAUGAUAUUGUUGCCGAUACCCUACUAUAAUACAAUGUGAGUAGCUAUGAUAUUGUUACCAAUACCCUACUAUAAUAUAAUGUGAGUAGCUAUGAUAUUGUUGCCUAUACCCUACUAUAAUACAAUGUGAAUAGCUAUGAUAUUGUUGCCGAUACCCUACUAUAAUACAAUGUGAGUAGCUAUGAUAUUGUUGCCGAUACCCUACUAUAAUACAAUGUGAGUAGCUAUGAUAUUGUUGCCGAUACCCUACUAUAAUACAAUGUGAGUAGCUAUGAUAUUGUUGCCGAUACCCUACUAUAAUACAAUGUGAGUAGCUAUGAUAUUGUUGCCGAUACCCUACUAUAAUACAAUGUGAGUAGCUAUGAUAUUGUUGCCGAUACCCUACUAUAAUACAAUGUGAGUAGCUAUGAUAUUGUUGCCGAUACCCUACUAUAAUACAAUGUGAGUAGCUAUGAUAUUGUUGCCGAUACCCUACUAUAAUACAAUGUGAGUAGCUAUGAUAUUGUUGCCGAUACCCUACUAUAAUACAAUGUGAGUAGCUAUGAUAUUGUUGCCGAUACCCUACUAUAAUACAAUGUGAGUAGCUAUGAUAUUGUUGCCAAUACCCUACUAUAAUACAAUGUGAGUAGCUAUGAUAUUGUUGCCUAUACCCUACUAUAAUACAAUGUGAGUAACUAUGAUUUUGUUGUCGAUACCCUACUAUAAUACAAUGUGAGUAGCUAUGAUAUUGUUGCCGAUACCCUACUAUAAUACAAUGUGAGUAGCUAUGAUAUUGUUACCAAUACCCUACUAUAAUAUAAUGUGAGUAGCUAUGAUAUUGUUGCCUAUACCCUACUAUAAUACAAUGUGAAUAGCUAUGAUAUUGUUGCCGAUACCCUACUAUAAUACAAUGUGAGUAGCUAUGAUAUUGUUGCCGAUACCCUACUAUAAUACAAUGUGAGUAGCUAUGAUAUUGUUGCCGAUACCCUACUAUAAUACAAUGUGAGUAGCUAUGAUAUUGUUGCCGAUACCCUACUAUAAUACAAUGUGAGUAGCUAUGAUAUUGUUGCCGAUACCCUACUAUAAUACAAUGUGAGUAGCUAUGAUAUUGUUGCCGAUACCCUACUAUAAUACAAUGUGAGUAGCUAUGAUAUCAUUGCCUACUGUACUAUAGCACUGGUGUGUGUCAGUAAGUUAGUGUAGGUAAUAGGGCUAUCCAGUCUUGCUAACCAUCUGGAACAGGGCAGGGCCACUUCAACUAACUGAUGUGUCAGACCCGGGUUCAAAUAUUUCAGCAUUUGAUUGAACCUGAAUCACGCCAGAUGGGAGUGGUUGCUUGCACUUUUGGGACUACACUGUAUUAUUCCAUUGGUUCCACUGUGCCCAGACAAGCUCGAUCAAGCAAAAGUUUUAGAAAGUAAACAAAUACUAUUUGAAUCUGUGUGUGGUGGUGGGUGUAUGUAUUUUUACAAUGGAACCUGGGAACCACUUGUCCUACUUUUAAUGGGCUAUGCACAUGUUGUGGGAGAGGGGGGAUGUAUGUAUUUUUGCGAUGGACCUGGGAACCACUUGUCCUACUUUUAACGGGCUAUGCACAUGUUGUGGAAGAGGGGGGAUGUAUGUCUUGGGAGUGUGUGUGUUUACACAGGCAGCCCAAUUCUGAUCUUUGCUGAUCUGAUCUUUGCUGAUCUGAUUGUUCAAAAGACCAAUUAGUGGUGGAAAAAAUAUCAGAAUUGGGCUGCCUGUGUAACGCACCCUUUGUGUGUGAGUUGAGUUCAUUGAGUGUUCUGUGUUUUAAAGCUGUAUUAUGGAUGUGGCUGGGUGUUCUGUGUUUUAAAGCUGUAUUAUGGAUGUGGCUGGGUGUUCUGUGUUUUAAAGCUGUAUUAGGGAUGUGGCUGGGUGUUCUGUGUUUUAAAGCUGUAUUAUGGAUGUGGCUGGGUGUUCUGUGUUUUAAAGCUGUAUUAUGGAUGUGGCUGGGUAUUCUGUGUUUUAAAGCUGUAUUAUGGAUGUGGCUGGGUGUUCUGUGUUUUAUGCUGUGUUGUGGGUGUGUCCCAACACAACACAGUGAAUAGCCGCCCCGCUCCGACCUGAACAGCUUCCACCCCCAAGCCAUAAGACUGCUAAAUAGUUAACCAAAUAACUACCCGGAUUAUCUGCAUUGACCCUGUUUAAACUAACUCGUUUUGACUCUAUGCACACACACUGGACGCCACCCACACACUCACACUCACAAACACGUACACUGUCGCCACACACACAUUUCCACACUUCGACACUCAUCACAUACACUGCUGCUACUGUCUAUUAUCUAUCCUGUUGCCUAGUCACUUUACCCCUACCUAUAUGUACAUAUCUACCUCAAUUACCUCGUACCCCUGCAUAUCAACUUGGUACUGGCACCCUGUGUAUAUAGCCAAGCUAUCAUUGACUUGGUACUGGUACCCAGUGUAUAUAGCCAAGUUAUAAUUGGCUUGGUACUGGCACCCUGUGUAUAUGCUAUCAUUGACUUGGUACUGGUACCCUGUGUAUAUAACAUUUACAUUUACAUUUUAGUCAUUUAGCAGACGCUCUUAUCCAGAGCGACUUACAGUUAUUGAGUGCAUACAUCUUUUUAUACUGGCCUCCCGUGGGAAACGAACCCACAACCCUGGCAUUGUAAGCGCCAUGCUCUACCAACUGAGCUACACAGGGCCUGUAAAACCAAGCUAUCAUUGACUAGGUACUGGUACCCCGUGUAUAUAGCCAAGUUAUCAUUGACUUGUACUGGUACCCCGUGUAUAUAGCCAAGUUAUCAUUGACUUGUACUUGUACCCCGUGUAUAUAGCCAAGUUAUCAUUGACUUGUACUGGUACCCCGUGUUUAUAGCCAAGUUAUAAUUGACUAGGUACUGGUACCCCAUGUAUAUAGCCAAGUUAUCAUUGACUUGUACUUGUACCCCGUGUAUAUAGCCAAGAUAUCAUUGACUAGGUACUGGUACCCCGUGUAUAUAGCCAAGUUAUCAUUGACUUGUACUUGUACCCCGUGUAUAUAGCCAAGUUAUCAUUGACUAGGUACUGGUACCCCGUGUAUAUAGCCAAGUAAUCAUUGACUUGUACUGGUACCCCGUGUAUAUAGCCAAGUUAUACUGACUAGGUACUGGUACCCCGUUGUAUAUAGCCAAGUUAUCAUUGACUUGUACUGGUACCCCGUGUAUAUAGCCAAGUUAUUAUUACUGACUAGUGGACUGGUUAUCUCUCGUUGUAUAUAGCAAGUUAUAUGAUAGUAUUUGGUACUUGUUUUGUAUUGCCAGUUAUUAUGAUAGUUACUGUAUCUGUAUAUAGCAUUAUUAUUGUAUUGUGGAUUCAUUUUAUUUUUUUUUUUAUUAUGUAUUCUGAUGUGAAGGGGUAGGAUAGUAUUAUGUUUAUUGGUUGAAAUAAUUGUUUUUGGUUUGUAUUAUAUGUUAUGUCUAUGUGGAUUUGUUUGUGUGAAUUAUGUGUUGAUGUGUGUCGUGUGAAUUAUGUUGUUUUGUGUAUGUGAUUGCAUUGUUGGAGGUGGCGUAGGAACAUUUCACCUGGUUGGGUAGGUGAGUGAAUAUAACAUUGUUGAUGUGGUUUGUGAAUUCACUUUGUUGUGUUGUGGGUGUGUCGUGUGAAUUCACUGUGUUGUGGGUGUGUCGUGUGAAUUUACUGUGUUGUGGGUGUGUCAUGUGAAUUCACUGUGUUGUGGGUGUGUCGUGUGAAUUCACUGAGUUGUGGGUGUGUCGUGUGAAUUCACUGUGUCGUGGGUGUGUCGUGUGAAUUCACUGUGUUGUGUUGUGUUGUGUUGUGGGUGUGUCGUGUGAAUUCACUGUGUUGUGGGUGUGUCGUGUGAAUUUACUGUGUUUUGGGUGUGUCGUGUGAAUUCACUGUGUUGUGUUGUGGGUGUGUCGUGUGAAUUCACUGUGUUGUGGGUGUGUCAUGUGAAUUCACUGUGUUGUGGGUGUGUCGUGUGAAUUCACUGUGUUGUGUUGUAUUGUGUUUUGGGUGUAUCGUUUGAAUUCACUGUGUUGUGUUGUGUUGUGGGUGUGUCGUUUGAAUUCACUGUGUUGUGUUGUGUUGUGUUGUGUUGUGGGUGUGUCGUUUGAAUUCACUGUGUUGUGUUGUGUUGUGUUGUGGGUGUGUCGUUUGAAUUCACUGUGUUGUGUUGUGUUGUGGGUGUGUCGUGUGAAUUCACUGUGUUGUGUUGUAUUGUGUUGUGUUGUGGGUGUGUCGUGUGAAUUCACUGUGUUGUGUUGUGUUGUGUUGUGGGUGUGUCGUUUGAAUUCACUGUGUUGUGUUGUGUUGUGUUGUGGGUGUGUCGUGUGAAUUCACUGUGUUGUGUUCCAGGCCUGGACUGUAGCAGGAACCAAGAGUAGUUACCUGUGGUUCAGCUGUCUCACUACUAACGGAGGAUAUCACUGCAUUCCUGCCAGCAAUGAAGGUUUGUCCAAGAAGCUAGCACCAAAGAUUGUGGAUAAAUAAAAAUUUUACUCAGGCCGUUUAGCAUUUUUAAAAAAUGGACAAUGUUCCUGUCUGUGUAAGUGGGCGUUUCCUCUCUUGCGUGAGCUCACGGUUCCUCCAUAAUAUCUGGCUCACAUGAGAGAGGGAACAGCUGGCUCUGGUCUACUUAUUGUCCCCUCCCACUCGCCCCCACCGCCCCGCUCCAACCAGAAAAAAUAAGCCAGUGAGAUGUCUUGCCCUGGGGCACUCCCAUCGCGGGGCGGGUCCAAUAGGUAGACCAGGGUGGCCCCGACCCGAUAAAAAAAAAUUAGGGAGUGGGGUGUCUUGAAUUGAAGAAGUUUAAGCUGCCUAUCAAUCAUUGUUUUUGCAACCAAUGGACAGCCAGUGAAUAAAGUACUCUUGCAGCAGCUGCAUAGUGUGGAUCCCAGCCUAUGGAAUAACAGUUGGAGGGAGUUCCUCCCGUCUAAAGACCUCUGUGGUAUUGUGCUCCAUACUGUCAACAACCAGUGGGGCUUUCAUUGCUCAAUUUAAUUUGUGCUGAUUAAAUAAAAAAUGUCCAUAGUCGUAAUGGACACAUUUUCAAACACGCACACCUUUAAUAGAUUAAAAGGGGCAAUCUGUAGUUGCUACAUCCAUUUUAGGACUAAUAUGAAUGAUAUUCACUGAGCGUACAAAACAUUAAGAACAUGACAUAGACUGACCAGGUGAAUCCAGGUGAAAACUAUGAUCCCUUAUUGAUUUCACCUGUUAAAUCCACUUCAAUCAGUGUAGAUGAAGGGGAGGAGACAGGUUAUAGAAGGAUUUUUAAGCCUUACGACAAUUGAGUCAUGGAUUGUGUAUGUGUGCCAUUCAGAGAGUGAAUGGGCAAGACAAAAUAUUGAAGUGCCUUUGAAGAAUGUAUCAAGAAUGUGUAUCAAGAAUGUGGGAAGCAUUGGAGUCAACAUGGGCCAGCAUCCCUGUGGAACGCUUUCGACACCUUGUAGAGUCCAUGCCCCGACGAAUUCAGGCUGUUGGUCUUGUUUAAUCUCUCAAUGUUCAUAAUGUUUGGUACACUCAGUGUAUGGCCAGCUAUGUAAACUCUAACAUUGAUUUAUCCUGCAUUAGAUGUCGUUCAAUGGGUAAUCAGAUUACGGUAGUGAGUUUGGGUAAUCAAAAAGUUACGUUACUGAUUACAAUUUUGGACAGGUAACUAGUAAAUGUAACGGAUUACAUUUGGAAAGUAACCUAUUCAACCCUGGUUAUAUGUCAUGUUAAACCUCCUCUGUCUCCUCCCUCCAGACUGGAUCCAGGCGGUUCAGGCCCUCAUGGUUCUCUCAGUGUUGUUCUGCCUCUUCUCGCUGGUCUUCUUCAUGUGUCAGCUCUUCACCCUGGUCAAAGGAGGACGCUUCUUCUUCACCGCCAUCUUCCAGAUCCUCGCCAGUGAGUAUGACCACUUGUAAGGCUUAAUGAAGCCUUCAUAACCCCUUUAUAAGGCCUACAUAGAGGCUUCAUAAAGUUGUUGGUCUUGUUGGCCAGUGAGUAUCAUCACAUCACAUCAAACACAGAGUUUCCCCGAUUGUCUAACCUAGCCAUGGUCCCCCAGCUUAUACAACGUUGGCUUGUAUUGGUAUCAACUGACAAUGUUGGUGAGAAGAUGGCCUGGAUAUUGCCCUGUGUGGCUUACCGCCCAGCAGGAAAAUUAUCUCAUGGAAAAACGGAAUCUGUAAAGGACAGACAUGUUAUAGCCCAGGUCAAAGUGGGAGGCAGCCCCAUGUGACCACUGUCCCUUACUACGGGGUUGGUUUACUGUCUCAAUGUCAGGUCCCUUACUACGGGGUUGGUUUACUGUCUCAAUGUCAGGUCCCUUACUACGGGGUUGGUUUACUGUCUCAAUGUCAGGUCCCUUACUACGGGGUUGGUUUACUGUCUCAAUGUCAGGUCCCUUACUACGGGGUUGGUUUACUGUCUCAAUGUCAGGUCCCUUACUACGAGGUUGGUUUACUGUCUCAAUGUCAGGUCCCUUACUACGGGGUUGGUUUACUGUCUCAAUGUCAGGUCCCUUACUACGGGGUUGGUUUACUGUCUCAAUGUCAGGUCCCUUACUACGGGGUUAGUUUACUGUCUCAAUGUCAGGUCCCUUACUACGGGGUUGGUUUACUGUCUCAAUGUCAGGUCCCUUACUACGGGGUUGGUUUACUAUCUCAAUGUCAGGUCCCUUACUACAGGGUUGGUUUACUGUCAUAAUCUCUUAGUUGGAACCCAACUAAAUAUUGUGCUAGAUAUCAUAGCUAGCUAACUCAAUUUGCUCAUGUGGGCAGAGUUGGCUGGAAGUGGGCCGGUUCUCUGGCUCAGGGGUUAACUUGUGGAAAGUAGCAGAUUCAGUCCCUCCCCAAUAUACAGAACAUAACGAAGUCUGUCACUAAAGAUGAGGUGUGUCAACUUGGAAGAAAUGAAUGAUCCUCAACAGCUGUCUAAAACUAACCAUUACUUUUUUCCUUUCUCCCCCACUCUCUCUCUGUCCCUCCCUGCGCUCCUCUCUUUCUCUCUGUCCCUCCCUGCUCUCCUCUCUCUCUCUGUCCCUCCCUGCUCUCCUCUCUCUCUCUCUGUCCCUCCCUGCUCUCCUCUCUCUCCUUUCCAUUCCCUUCCCUCAACCCCUCUUGCACUCUCCUCUCUCUCUCUCUCUCCAGGUCUGUUUGUGAUGUGUGGAGCAAUAAUCUACACGGUGAUGUGUCCGGAUGAGGAGGUGGAUGCUGCAUUCGGCUUUGCCUACGUCCUGGCCUGGGUGUCUUUCCCUCUGUGUCUGGUCAGUGGUCUCAUCUACAUCGUACUGAGGAAGAGGGAAUGA